AUGGAGGCCUGGUGGUACAAACUUGGUGAUCCCUGGGAGAAGGUGUACACCGUCUCUGAGUCUACACUGGUGCAGCUUGAACAGCUGCAUGUUCGCAUCACAAACCUCACUAGUUGGUUGCACGAGAGGACAGAUCAGAACCUGGAUGUGGUGCUGGAAGAGCUGCAGGAGGUGACGCGGCAGCUGCAAUCUGAGCUUGGCAGUACCCUACAGAACGACAACAACAACACUAACGGCUCCCUCGGAACUUCUCGAGCGUCCACGGGUAUCCUGGCUCAUUGCGCCACUCUUUUCAAUAAUCCGGCACUUAUGGUGAACUCCAAUGGCUUCCAGGACAUGAAUGCACAUGGCUUCGAGUGCGCAGACUACGCACAGCGUCCCGGGCCCGUCUAUUCGUACAACGCGUUCCCAUCUGAACCUAACGCCCUCGGUGUUGCCACGGAGAAUGCGAAUGCACAUGGCUUCGAGUGCGCAGAUAUGGUGCAGCAUCCGUGGCCCGCGUCUUUGUAUGACACGCUUCUUUGCGAGUCGAACGUCCCCACCAAUGCCAUGGAGACUCACGGCCAUGUCAAUGCAGCUGCGAUCGUCGAGGGCUACGAAAUCCUGCCGCUCAUAGAGCGUGCGGCCCUAGAGAAUAUAAGCACACUCACAGACUUCGUCGAUGCAUACGCACUUACGAUCGCUCCUGAUACGCACGCGCAGGAGAAUUACGCACUCGAGAGUGUGCGAGGCACACAGCAGGAGCAGGAGGAUGCGAUUGUCGCUGGUGCUGAGCACGCAACGAUUGCGCAGCAUGCACCCCCUGUGCUGCAUCUGGAGACAGUGCUAAAUGACGUACUCACAGGUACCCCUUUUCAUUUCAUCGAUGAUUCAGUCUACAACACGUGCGUCGACCGCGCGAACGCCCCCUCUUCGUUGAUCGACACGCGCCCAACGGCGUUCAUUUUUCUCUCACAUCUGGACCUUGCAGAUAUCCCGGCGACCCCACCCCUAUCACGUUCCCCAUCCCCUGAGUACACGCCAUCAUCACCCGUAUACAUUCCCUCAUCACCGGUCCUCUCGUCACCCCUGUCGCCUCCGUCAUCUGCGUGCACAUGCACGCGCGAGGCCGACUGCCAUGCGGUGCGAGCAUGCAAUCGCCCACUUCCGCUUCCUCAUUCCACUCUCUCUGUCAUCCAUGACCCCGACACUCAUCUGUGCAGGCCAAUGCACCCGCCUGGCUCCCAUGCGCGCCGCGCAUCUCCAGACUCGUACGAUGGCGACGACGACUUACUGGGUUUGGUAAGUGUCUCACACGGUAAUGACAGUAGCGACAGCGAAUUGGACAUGGACCUCGAGGAUGACACGGACGAUGACGAUAACCAUUUACAGUCAGAAUGCGAGCGUGAGGACUUGAUGCGUGAGCGCGUCGAGGAAAUUCUUGUCGAGGUCAUGCGCAACAUCACUGAAGAAGUCGUUGAAUAUGUAAGUCCGGCUUUGUCAGCACAUUCCUUUUGCGACUAA